UAUUGUCUAUUUUCACAACGAAAUAGAUUUUCCAAUUUUUCAAAGAGCUUAUUUAGAAGUAAUAAGUCUGAAUAAUUUAACUAAAGUAAUGAAAACAAGUUUGAAAUUAAUUGACUUACAAACCUUCUACGAAUGAUUGCAAGUUGACACACAGCCUCCUCGUGGCACCGCCUGGGUAGCUAUCUUAGCAUCCGCUAGAUAAUGAGCUAAUGUGUGCAGCGAGUCAUCCGGACGGUAAAUGGUUGAGCGCAGGGUUUGGAACCCGCCUCGGAAAAAAGAAGCCCAAGGAAAACCAAAGCGAAAGCCUCGAAUAGGAUCCCCCCUUAUGUUGACGACCACCCCAAAAUGAAAAAGGACUACGAUUUAAGGAUAUGCACCUGGAAUGUCCGAACCCUUAAUUGGGAAGGUGCCUCUAUCCAACUGGCGGAUGCCCUCGAAAAAUUAAAGGCUGACAUUACCGCCAUCCAGGAAAUGAGAUGGACAGGACAAGGUUGCUCCAAGCGAGCAAACUGCGAUAUCUACUACAGCUGCCAUGCGGAGAGGCGCGAAUUUGGAUGCGGAUUUGUAGUAAGCCGGAGACUUCGCCACCACGUCUCCAAUUUUACCCCAGUGGGUGAACGGCUUGCUACAAUCCGCGACAAAGCUAGAUUUUUCAAUCUUAGCAUAAUUUGCGCGCACGCCCCGACGGAGGAGAAGGACGAUGCUGUUAAGGAUGCACUCUACGGAAUGCAUGCCUCAAGCGUGAUGGACGUGCGUACGUUUCGUGGAGUCAACAUAGACUCGGACCACUAUCUUAUCGCAGCCAAGAUACGCAUGCGGCUAUGCCGAGCGAAAAACGUACGCCCCAUCACGCAACGAAAGCUUGACGUCACUAGGCUGCGAUCACAACGGACAGCAACAGCCUACUCCACUCACUUCUCGGAACUGCUCCACCAACCUACCCCUCUCCCUGUUGACGCCGGCGGACUCUGGGCGCACAUAUCCCACUCCAUGCGAGCUGCCGCUGAAAUAACCAUUGGGUUCAAGCGCCCACCCACACGGAACCAAUGGUAUGACGAGGAGUGUCGCGUCGCAGCUGCGGCAAAAAACGCCGCCUACAGAAAAACGCUGCAGUCUGGCGCAACGCGAGCUACGUGUGAUCGUUACAGGGAGAACAGGAAGGAAGAGAGGCGACUUUUUAAAUGGAAAAAAUGGGAGUAAGAAAAGCGAGAGUGCGAGGAACUCGAGGUGUUGCAAGACAGAAAUGAUGCUCGAAAAUUUUACCAACAAGUCAACCGUCUGACACAUGGUUUCAAGACCGGAGCAUCUAACUGUCGAGAUGAAAACGGGAAUCUGGUUACAGAUACGCAGUGCACGCUGAGGUUAUGGAGGGCGCAUUUCUCCAAGCUGCUAGCAGGCGAUGACGGCACCAAUCCCGCCAUUGGAGGAAGCAACCCGAUACCACCAAUCGACGACAAUGUGGAUAUACCACUACCUAGCCAUGACGAGGUCCGAGUUGCUAUUAUGCGACUCAAAAACAACAAAGCAGCCGGUGCUGAUGGACUGCCUGCAGAGUUGUUUAAGGCCGGCGGCGAAGAACUGAUAAGGUGAAUGCAUCAGCUCUUCUGCAAAAUAUAGCUAGAAGAAAGCAUGCCCAACGAUUGGAAUCUCAGCGUCCUUUGUCCUGUGCUGAAGAAAGGCGACCCGACGAUAUGCGCCAACUACCGGGGAAUCAGCCUGAUUGCCAUAUCAUAUAAGGUCCUAUCGAGCGUAAUAUGUGAACGACUGAAGCCAUACACCAGCACACUGAUCGGACCUUAUCAGUGCGGCUUCAGACGUGGUAAAUCCACAUAAGUGUCCAGCUCCUUGCUUACGCUGAUGAUAUUGACAUCAUUGGCCGCAGCAAGCGUGAUGUCACUGCUGCAUUUUCCGCUAUCGAAAAAGAGUCAGCAAAAGUGGGUUUGGCGGUAAACGAGGGCAAGACGAAGUAUAUGCUGUCGACAAGCAGGGGACGACGAAGGGGACGUCCAAAUCUCCGAUGGAAGGACCAAGUAGAGCAGGACCUCAAUCUACUGGGUAUUUCCAAUUGGAGGAGGCGCGCGAAGAGCAGAGGCGCCUGGAGGGAGACGCUGAGAUCGGCCAAAACCCGAAAUGGGAAGUAGUGCCACCUAAUAAUAAAUAAUAAUAAAACAAAGCAUAAAGCUACUAAUAGAACCCCAGCAGACAUUUUUAUUUAUGCAGGAACCCCUGAGUAUAAUUCACAAGAAAACAAAGUUGAAGUAGAUACAAGAUUUAGACAAGCCCCGUUAGUAAAGUCUAAAACAACGAACCCUUUCAAAAAUACAGGUAAUAUAAAGAAACUUGACGAAAAUCGUUUUGAAGAAACAAACAGAGGAAGAAAAGUAGCCCGUUAUAAAUCAAAAUUUAAAAUGAAAGUAAUUAAUAAAAGAGAAUAUUACAAUCAACCCGCUCAGCAUGGUUCAAUCCAAUAACAAAUUAAAUUUUUCUGACGUCUUAUAUACCAAUUGGCAAUCUCGAAGUUACAACUUUCCAAAUAAUUCCAUACCCAGACGGAAAUUAAUGAAAACAUUGAAGGGAAAUUUUAUUUACAUAAUAACUUUGUUAGAUAUACUAUUUCAAAAAAGUUC